AUGAGGUCUGAGGUGGAUGCUGAAGAGGUGUUUGCAGUGUCUGAACUUGUGCUAAAAAGUGAAAGAGAGGAGAGCAUGCUUAAAGAAAAGAAAGAGAGAAAAGCAGUCUGCCCUGCUUCUCCUCACAUUAAAAGCCAGCACAUAGUCACCCAAAUUUCUGAACCAAGAAAGAUGAAGCUUCCCCAAGAGCAAAGUCAGCAUGCACAUACGUUAGGGACCAGCAGCACAUCUCCAACUGAAAGCCGAACUCAGAUACCUGUGAUGUCUCCAGGAUCCUCAUCCAGCAGUUUCACCUCCAAGAAAUGUGACCAAGUAGACCAGAAGCUGAACUUGGGAUCUGACAAGACGGCUGAGCUGCUCCACAGGAUUAUCAAGAAAACCAAGAGUCUGCUGGAAAAACCAGUUCCUGGCAUUAAAGUAGAAACAGAUGAGAGCAAUGCCCGUUAUUUUCAUGUGGUCAUUGCUGGCCCCCAGGAUUCCCCUUUUGAAGGAGGGACUUUUAAACUUGAGCUAUUCCUUCCAGGAGAAUAUCCACUGGUAGCCCCUAAAGUAUGUUUCAUGACCAGAAUUUAUCUUCCUAAUGUAGACAUGGUGGGAAGAAUAGGUUUAGAUAUUUUGAAAGAUAACUGGUCCCCAACACUAAAAAUCCAAUCAGUUCUGCUGUCGAUCCAGGCUUUGUUAAGUGUUCCCAGUCCAGAUGAUCCAUUAGCAUAUGACGUAGCAGAGCAGUGGAUGACCAACGAUGCCCAAAGCAUAGAAACAGCUAGAGCAUGGACUAAGCUAUAUGCCGUGAAUAAUAUUUAAAUCAAUCUGAUCAUCAAGUGUGCAUCACUUCUCCUGUUCUGCCAAGACUUCUUCCUUUUUUGUUUGCGUUUAAUGGACACAGUCUUAGCAAAAUUA